AUGGAGAACGAAAAUCAAGCUUCCAACGUACAACUUCAGGGUUCUGAGCAUGAAGAACUUAUUGGAGAACGGUCCGAAGAGAAAUCUCCAAUCACCGAGGUCUGCGAAAUUAGUGCUUCUGGAACUUCAGGAAGUGUAACUCCUGAAGUUAAAACUCCAGAGGAAGAUCUUUCUGACAUUGACGCGCGGUCGGACGAAAACUCACCAUGCAAAGAAACCUACGGCAGCGAGGUCACUCAGCAUACUCCAGGUAGAGAUUCUGCAGAAAACAAACCUCAGGAAAAUGACCUUCCCAAUUCGCCCCAUCUUGACUUGCAGCUUUCCACCACAUAUCUCCCCGAUGAAGUACUUUCCGAGCCCGAAGUUCCUGGUGAUUCCCUUGAGGUCGAGAUCACUCAACUUCUGAGCCCCUCACCUGAGCCUAUCGAAAUUGACAUUCCGGAACGAUCCGACUGUUCAUCCGAGGUACCCCGGCUACCCGAGUCGCCCAAUAACGAACCUCAAGAUCACAGUGGAUCCGAUGCAGACAACGAGUGUUCCGACGAAGAGCCCAUUAGAGCCCUGGGAGAUUGGCAACUUCGCAAGUUAGCAGAGAACGCGCUUGAAAUUGCUCUAGAUGUCUCUACUCCCAAAGCACUAGUGCCAUCGAUAAGCGACCCAAACAUAUGCAAACCCCGAACUCCGCUCCCCGAGCGCGUGUGGCGCCCAUCCUCGACUGAUGCCACGCGAGCAAACAAACCAAAAUGCCCACCAUGCGAACGAAAGAAAAAGAGAUUUGAUUGCUUGGGAAGUCCUCCUUGUAACGAGUGUAGCAAGAGGAAUAUGACGGCCGAGCAGUGCUCUACGUUUGCGUUUGUAAGACGACGAGGGAAGAAGAGGUUGCAAGAUGAUGAUGGUAUGGUUGCACAAAAGGGUGGAAAAAAAGGCAAGAGGAGAUGA